AUGACUACCCAAGAUCUCACUCCUGCGACUCUCCCCGACAAGACUCAGAGCGACUCUGCUGCUGCUGCUGCCGUCGGCAGCCAGUCUCCAAUCACCAAUUCGCCUUGGUAUCAGUUCCUCAUGCUUCCGGAAUGUGAGCAACAAGGCGUAGAUGAUGUGGCAAUCCUUUCGACAUUCAAACCCCUUGACCACCUACCCCAGGAGCUCGAUGCGAGCUCCGGCACUGAACGGCCCACUCCGCCAGAGUUAUUCCUCGGCAUACCUCUAGACACCCGCAUGAUACUCGACUACGCGAAAAAGUACGAGCUUUCCGCCUACGCAGAUCGGCGGACUAUGGGUCCGCUAGGCUGGGUGCCUCCGGAGGCAGUGACGUCGGACACUGUCGUCAACAUCGACUCUACGACGUUACAGGUGUACGACGACAUUCGGGAAUACCUGUGGCCGAACCUCACAUUUCAGACCGGCUAUGGUCAUCCGGACCCCAAGAUGCCGUUUGUUCCUAUCUUUUCCCUCUGCUCGAACCGGGAUCCGCUCGACAAGCGACCGACUGCGGAGAAGAUAGCAGAAAUACGAACAGAGCUCGGUUUCAAGGAAGAUCCUAAAUGGUACCUGACCAUGUUUGCAUGA